AUGGCCAUGAAUCAGGUGGCCUUGAUCAUUGCGCAAUUUGUCAACCCUCGAGGUCUCAAAAAUAUUGGAUGGCGCCAUUAUAUCGUCUUUUGUGUCCUUUUAGUCGCCUUGCUUGUUAUUCAGUAUUUAGUUUUCCCGGAAACAAACAAACGCACGCUGGAAGAUAUUGCCGAGAUCUCCGAGGGUUCCGGUUCUGAAGAGACUGUCGCGUCCAAGGCCGUGGAGGAAGUUGAACGUACAAAGGGAGCUUUUUCGUUGGAGUUAGAGCAGGUAAAGUGA